GUACAAUUAUCCUUCAAAGAUUGGAGAUGAGGAAGUAUAUACCGAACCAAAAUUUUCAUUUCCUCAUUGGGAUGAUGAAAUUUCAGGAUAUACACCACCAACCCGUUAUCUUCGUAGACGAGCCUCCUUUCCUUCGGCUCAUGCAUCUCUACAUGAUGAUAUUCGUGCUUUACAACGAGAAAUAGAAAAGUUCGAAGCAGUAUGCAUGUCAUCUGGAUGGAAUUCAACAAAAGAUCGAGAUGUUCGACAAUCCGAAACAGCAUCUACAGUAACUGGCUCUCUAAUGGCAGCAGCAGUAAUUAAUGGUCCUGGUCGUACAUUAGCAUCACAAUCUGCUACCGCAGCCGCACGUGGCCAACGUCAACCUUUAGUGGAAGUAAACCAACUAGGUGUAUAG